CGGCCAAUAGCACAAAUACUACUUCGCGUAUACGAGCUCAAUUUAGUAAACAUUCAAUCAAAACAAUAUUGUGCAGCUUGAAGUGAAAAAUGGUCCCAGUCUGGCUGUGUAUUCCUUCGAAGCCAUCGGUUUGUUGCUCAUUGAAUUGAUGUGAUGAAUUUAUUCACGAAUUGGCCUUGUUGACUCGACAUAAAGUGCAAAUAAGAAUGCCUCCAUAAGCACUUGAGAAAAAAUAGACAUCUUUAACGAUUUUAUUAAGUACCUUCUACGCUCCUGAGAGCUUCUCUAACAAAAACCCUAACACAGAAAUAAGCAAAAUGAUGAACAGUACCUGCAAUCAGUCUGAUCAACAUAAUUCCGAUGUGAAGGGGAAUAGUGCUGGGUCUCCCAACCAGCAGUCAGGAAUGAAUGGCAAUAAUAAUGUUAAGAGUUACGUAAAUAACAAUACUGCAACGGUUAACCACAAUUACAGUGUGAAUAGUCAACAAACCAAAAAUGCAGCAUCCUAUGGUUUCACAUUGCAGAAAAGCAUAACUAUGUUCAAUUUGUAUGCUAAGAAAGAUAAACGCGAUGCAACCAAAGAGUUUGUGGUUAAAGACAUUAGCUUAAAUCCUAUGACUACCAACAAAGACCAGGGCUGGAGUGUUUCCGGCAACAGUAGCAAUGACCUACAAAACCAACACCACAACUAUUCCAAGUCAUGCCACAGUAAUGAGGACGUAAAAUCGGAGAUUGCAAAUGAUCCAUCAAACGACGAGGAUCAUUUCCCUGAAGACACUGACAGCGCUGUUGCGUGUGAAAAUGAGAGCCUUGCUGCUAAACCGGACGAUUUUCCGCCAGCAUUGAGCACUGCUACUCCAGAUCAUCAUGCGAGGCGACCGAUGAAUGCUUUCUUGAUAUUCUGCAAACGCCAUCGUACCAUCGUUAGAGACAGACAUCCAAACUUGGAAAAUAGGUCCAUAACUAAAAUACUUGGUGAUUGGUGGGCAAAUUUAGAUAAGGAACAGAAAUCAAACUAUACGAAUCUCGCAAAGCAAUACAAAGAUGCUUUCUUCACUGCUCAUCCCGAUUUCAAGUGGUAUAAAUUACCAGCCCCACCAUUGCGGCCACCAAGUUUUGGUGCACGGAUAGUUCAGCCCGAACCUACAUCUAGCAACAUGGUAGAAAAUGGCCUUCUGUAUGAACUAGAUGAACCGAAAACAGUGGAGCUCCAGGACAGCGGCGAUAAAGUCACGCACCAUGCCUGUAAUUUGGAACAGCUUAUAAAUCCGGACAGUGAGUUGCAAGCCAUGCCUGUUGCAAAGAAAAAGGAACCACAGAUGGGUGUUUUUAAGCUAGCUGACGAAGCACAAAUGGGAGGCCUCAACAGUUUGAUGAUAGACUCGUACGAGAUGAAGGCAAACCAAAGUGAUUUUUCUAGUGGUGUUCUUAACCAAAGUAAAUCUGACACUCAAAACUCUCUGUUCGAAACAUUGUCACCUGAGUCUAAGCAGUUGACUGAGCCUUGUUUAAACAUGAAGAACCAUUUUUAUUCCAAACGUCCGAAUGAUACCAGUCGUGAAAUGAGUGCCUAUGAUAGUAAACGGUUUAAGAGAGCUUUCGAUUCGAUGCAUUACGAAUAUUAUGACGACGACUUCACUAAGAAGACAUCGCGUGCAUGCAAGGGAAAGCGUUACCAGGAAUUUAUGACCCUUACCAAACUUUCGUCAACUUCUAAAAAGACAUCAAAAAGUGCCACCAUCGUCAAAGAGGAGCCGCAAGCUUCUGUCUCUGGGUUUACCGGCGCACCUGAGGGAACAAUGUGCGUUAAGGAUGUUACUAGUUUGGACGUGAGUACAAACAGAGAGGAUCUAACGCUGUACAUGAAAAAGCCUAUGAAUUUUGCCAUUAAGUCUGAAGUCAAGUUAUUCGAUGCAUCAGAUUUUGAUCUGGAUACAAAAAUCAACGAGUUGCCUUGCCUCAAUCUGGAUGAUUAUUUGGCCAAGAAAAAGGACACGAAAAAGAAGAAGAAAAUAAAAGGAAAAUUUAAACCAAUAAUCAAACCACGAGUAGCUAUAGCACCGGAGCAAAAGGAAAAGAUCGUCGGCAGCCGCAAGCGGAAGGCUCGCAAAGAAAGCAUCACACGCCGGGAUGUUAGCUCGUCAUCGAUGGCGGAGACUUUGCCGGUGCCGGAAGCGGACGCCUUGUUUGCGCUCGCGACACUCGCGGAGGUGGCCGCCAACGAGAACCAUAUCGACGAUAGCAACACAGUCUAAGUCAGUCCAAGGGUCCAUAAUUUUGUACGCUGAAAAACCGGCCAAUCAAGAACGAACAGCCAGUGUGUAAUGAUAGAAGAGAAAGUUCACGCUUUAAGUAAUCACAAUACACUUUGUUUCAUAAACUUUGCUAUAAGCAUAACCGCCGUACGUCCAACGUAUAAAAGUCCUAUGAAAAGAUGUUUAUUAGAAAAGAAAAAACGAUCGCAUCGUUUAUAUAUUUUUAGAUUGAAAAAACGUUGAUCUGUUCUGAAUUUUUAUUUCUACUGGAUUCUUCAGACCACGCGAUUAAACAGUCUGAUGUGUCCGAUUAAUUGUUAUGAAUAUUUCCAGAAAAUUGCUGAAGAGUUUAAUUUUUGUUUAUCAACAGAAAAGUAUUCUUUGAAAGUAAUAAUCUAAGCUAGAUAUUUCUCAUUUAUUUAUGAUUAAAGUUUAAUGCAAAUGUUUCGGUUACUAAAUUUCUUCUAAUAUUAUUUAAUAAUGCGCUAGAAUUCCUAAUGAAAAUAAGGUUAUUGAAUUGUCUAUUUAAAAACAAAAAUAAAUAUUUCCACCUUUA